UGGUGGCUACUGCAAAAGCCAAAAGCAUGAAAAAGAAAGGAAAACCAGUACCAAAACUGACAUGUACAGAUUCCCUCACUAGCCUACUCUCCCUAUCAGUUUUCUUUCACUUAACUAUUCGAACACUUUUACUUCUUCUUCUUCUUCUUCUUCCUCCUCCUCCUCAUUCUUGUUUCUUCCACUUGGAAGAUGAGAGGCCCUGGAAGACCCCUCUCUGAGCUGUUGCAAGAGCAGCAGGAGCCAUUUGUGUUGGACGUUUACCUGGCUGAGAGAGGCCACUACUGCUCGGAGAGGCUUCUUCUCCUUGCAUCCAAUAAGUCUUCCUCUUGCACCUUUUGCUGCCAUGGUAAUGCAUCAAAGAAGCUGCAGUUCUUUACCAGCCACGGCUUCAUCAAGUGUUGGAAGAAUGCCUUCACCUCGUGUCACAAAACUCCUAACAACCAUCAUCAUCAUCAUCAUCAUCACAGCAAUUACAGUGUUGAUCACUUUUCUUGUUUCAGAUGAUGCGGAGGUUGUUCUUAGCUUGCCAAGGAAAUUUCUCAGCAUCUUUAAUGAGAUUCUUGAGGCUGCUUACACCCCUGCAUUUCAUCAGCUCAUCGGAUCUAAAAGAAGAGCUGUAACCGAGAAAAACAUUCAUGAGAAGAUACUCUUAGUGGAGAGGCAGCAGAGACAUUUAACGUGCAACAAAAGGCAUUUGGUGAUCUCUUCAGAGUUUUCAUGUCUCAGUAAUUUGGAGUGGAGUGGACUGCAAUCUGAUCUGGUUGGAGAGGUUGGAGUGGAGAUAGGAGCUGCACUUUUGGAAGACAUCAAAGAGGAAACAAUCUUAGACAUGAUAGCUCAGGAAGUAUACUGCCUGUCUCAUGUAAAAGUCGUAGCAGCUGGCACUGCAUCGAGAGUAGAAGGACCGCAACAACUUCCAAAAAAACUUUUCAUAUUUUGAUCACCCAAGUGAUCAUAUUAAUUUUCUCUUCCAACAUUGAAGACAUAAAGAAACAAAAGUGUGGCCAGAUUCAGGAAGAAGACAAAGUGAAGACUGUAAGCAUCUUGAUACAGCUUCCUUUCUAUCUCGGUCCAACAGUUCAGUUUCAA